AUGCUUAUUAAACAAUAUAACAAUAUUGCCAUAUGAGCUAUGAGUAUAAAUGCAAGCAUUGGAGGGUUUUUAUUCGGCUACAACGUAGGUGUUUUCAAUACUUGUCAAGAAAAUGUGUCUUCUACUCUAGGCUGAGGCGACAACAAAGACCUUUUCAUAGCUUUAUUCUCAGCAUUAAUCCCAGUCGGUGCUCUUCUGAGUGCAGUAUAUGCUGGAGUCACUGCAAACAAAUACGGACGUCGAAAAGCAUUGAUGUUCGCUGAUAUCCUUGGAGCUAUAGCAGCACUAAUAACAAUAAUCCCAUACACCGCAACAUUUGCAAUAGGGAGAUUCCUAUCCGGAAUUGCUGUUGGAUUUUUUUCAACAGUCCCACCAGUUUAUUUAAGUGAAAUUUCCCCGCCUCGAAUGAGCGGAAAAAUUGGAGCCCUUACUGAAUUUCAGCUAUCAAUUGGCUUAGUAGUAUCGUAUGCUUUCGGUUUUCUAUUGCCUGAAGACAACUAUUCUAAGCACCCUAUGAAUUAUUUUUGAAUGUUUAUGUUCGGAUUUCAAAUUAUUAUGUGCUCAAUCCAGUUUUUUAUGUUUUUAUUUGUAUUUAAACUUGAUACACCUUAUUGAUUAAAGUCUCAAAAUAGAGAAUCCGAUGCUGAGCUGCUUAGGAUAAACCUAUACUCAGAUCCAAACCCAUCAUGGCUAAUGAAAAAUGACGAAAUAAAUGAAGAAAAAGGACAAUCUUUAAGGCAGAUGCUAAAAACAGGGAAAUACUGGCAUGCAUUAAGGCUAGGAGUUAUGGUAAAUUUCACCCAAGAAAUGACAGGAGUCGAUAUGGUAGCCUUUUAUUCCACAAGUAUUUUUGAAGAUUUAUUUCACUCCACAAUGCUUGCAAGGAUUUUUACCUUAUUAACAGGAGUUUGUGAAUUUCUUUCUGUCAUUGUAGUGCAGAAACUCGUAGACAGGUCAGGAAGAAAAAAGUUAUACGAAAUAGGAUGCUUAGGCAUGGGAUUUUCUUUGCUUUUGGCAGGAAUUUUCUGCGAUCUUAGCUCAGCUUGGGUGGUAGGAGUCGUUACAAUGGUGAUGGUCUAUAAAUUAUUUUUUACCCUAGUUGGUACAAUCUGUUUUUUAUACAGCGGAGAAAUUUUGAACGAUAAAUUGUGUGGGGUCUCCAUCUGUGUAAACUGGCUUUGCUUUACUUUAGUCACCUUUUUUGCCCCUUUUAUGAUAAAAUAUAUCACUUUAGCUGGCAGUUUUUGGUUUUUUGCAGGAGUUAGCUUGCUGAGUUUUAUUUAUUUUAAAAUUGAUAUGGUCGAGACCAAAGGACUUUCAAAAGAACAGAUAAAAGGAUUGCUUAUGGGCGAUAAAGCGCCUAGUUAG